AUGGAAACCUUAAGUUUUCCAAAAUCACCAGAGAUUCAUCGUUUUAACGGUGGAAAACCACGUCGUUUCAUCGAUACACUAAAGAACAUUUUCAGAAAAUCGAAAAAAAACGGCAGCAACCCACAAGAAAAUGUAAUAACACCAGAAUCAACGAAAUUAAACAUUCUUCUCGAGUCAUUAUCACAGAUAAUUGAUCCUGGCGCAGAGGACCAACAUUAUUUAGCAAAAAUAGAAUCAUGGUUAGAAGAGUAUCGUCCACAAACUAAUCGCAAACAAGUAUUCAGACAACUGAAUCGAAUUGCAAAACAUUAUCACGAGUAUAACUGUCUGCUGGCAUUCUUUUAUCAACAUGGAAUCGGGACUCGCAUACACACGAAAAAAUCAUUCAAAUAUUAUAAACGCGGCGCCGAAAAUAAUGAUAAAUUUGCGCAGAAUCAAGUUGGAUGGUCAUAUCAGAAUGGGAUUGGAACAAAGCGAGAUUUUGAUAAGGCUUUUCGGUGGUAUACAGUUUCCGCGGAAGCUGGUGAUACUUCGGGUAUGUGCAAUCUGGCAUAUUGUUAUGUGGACGGGACUGGAACCGCUCGAGAUUUAAAUAAAGCGUUCUUUUGGUUCAAGAAGAGUGCGGAAUCUGGAAUUGCAGUGUCACAGUUUGCGUUGGCUGGUUGUUAUCGUAAUGGGCAAGGAACUCCUAAGGAUAUUCACAAAGCUUUAUUGUGGUAUCAAAAGGCUUUGAAACAUGGAUAUGAUUUCUGGCGGCUAGAUUUACAUCAAAUAUUGGUUGUGGGAUAUUAG